AUGAGUCUUGAAAUGAAAGAAAAGCACUACUUUACCGAAGAGUUUCCAGCUCAUGACUAUCCAUAUCGAGACCAUAUUGUGAUCUUUGAACGUAGUAAGAAUGCACAGCUUGUUGUGUAUACUGCAAAUUUUCGCGACAAGAAGCGUCGAGAAUUGGAUCCAAAGUGGCCUCUGGACAUUACGUGGCAAAGCUUUGGUUGGACUGAUCACCCUUAUAGCAACUCGACCGGAAUGAUUGAGCGCAAACUAGCUUGGGGAUACUCACAUAAAGCUACGAAACGAGCGGAAGCAGUUUCCGCUGAAGCUGUUGGAGCCAGCUAUACCGUGACACUGAACGCAUUACCCAGUCGCACUGCUCUGCUGUUUGUUGACGUUAGAGGUCAAGUUGUUUUGCAAGUUACGAUCAAUGGUGUGCUUUCACGCCUUUGGAAGAUUUACGUGAAAACCAAUAACACCAUGGCCUUUGUUCCCAAGGUGUUGUAUGUCGAUCUCUAUGGCACGAAUGUCAACGAUGACCAAAUUACAUACGAGCGUAUUUCCAUUUCAUCCUAG